GCUAGUUUUGUUUUGACAAGGCGGUGGUCGGUAUUUUUUUUUACUUCGUUCAAACCGCGGUCUUUAUUGCCGUCUCAAAUAUCCAAUUUCGAAUAAAACUCUCUCCCCCUCUCUCUCUCGCCCCCCUCCCUAAUAAAACUCCCCACGGUUUUAUCUUCCGCUCCCAAAUCAAAACCCUAGAUUUGAUAUUUCCGCUCUUUUCUCUCAAUUUGAAGAACAAAUCGAUGUAUAACGGGAUGAUGGAUCCAGAAUUGAUGAGGAUCGCUCAGGAGCAGAUGAGCCGGAUCCCUCCUCAAGAGCUCGCGAAGCUCCAGCAACAGAUGAUGUCCAAUCCUGAGCUUGUAAGAUUAGCAUCAGAAAGUAUGAAGAAUCUGAGGCCUGAUGAUCUGAGGCAUGCUGCAGAGCAGCUAAAACACACAAGAACCGAGGAUAUGGUAGAAAUUGGCGAGCAAGUGGCUAAAGCGAAGCCUGAAGAGAUUGCAGCUAUGAAGGCUCAUGCAGAUGCACAGGUCUCUUAUGAAAUAAGUGCAGCUCAGAUGCUGAAGCAGGAUGGGAACAAGCUCCAUGGCCGUGGAUUAUAUCGUGAGGCUGCUAAUAAAUAUCUUCUUGCAAAAAACAACUUGAAAGGCAUCCUGUCAGCCGAGAUGGGAACUCUUCAGUUGCAGUGUUCUCUUAAUCUAAUGUCAUGUUACCUGAAAACUGGGCAACUCGAAGAGUGCAUCAAGGAAGGUUCAGAGGUUCUGGUAUAUGAUGCAAAUAAUAUUAAAGCUCUUUAUCGCAGAGGUCAAGCAUAUAAAGAACUUGGGAAUUUGGAGGCUGCUGUUUCCGACUUGAGAAAGGCACAUAAAUUUUCUCCAGAAGAUGAGACUAUAGCAGAAGUUUUCAGAGAUGCCAAUAAAAAAUUGAUGGAAGCUAGAGACAAGAAUGCGUCGAGAGGUUUAAUUAUCGAAGAAAUAGAUGAAGAAGAGACCGAUCCAGUACAAUCAGAGAGUGAUAAAAUCUCAUCUUCAGAAUGGUCUUUGUCUGAGCCGGCUGAGGCCAGUGAACUCUCUGAAAAUGGCAGGUCAAACAAUGGAGCUUCUGCUGCUGAUGUUGAGUACUUAAAGAGCUUAAGAGACAGUCCUGAAGCCAUCAGGUCAUUCCAAAAUUAUAUUUCAAAUGCCAAUCCUGAUAAGCUAUCAGCUAUGGGUGUUGGAGGAUUGCCACCUGAUAUGGUUAAAACAGCCUCGGGUAUGAUUGGCAAGAUGAAGCCUGAAGAGCUUCAGAAAAUGCUGGAAGUUGCUUCUUCUUUGAAAGGAAAAGCCCCAAACUUUCCAAAUACUAAUGGAGAUGGAUCAAAGUUCGGUUCACAAAUGCCAGAGAUGACGCCAGAAAUGAUUAAGAUGGCAUCUGAUAAUAUGAGCAAGAUGCCUCCUGAAGAGCUUCAGAAGAUGCUUGAAAUUGCCUAUUCGAUGAAUGUGAGCAGCACAAAUGCUGCAUCUGAUGGCAGCAUUCAGAGAUCAGAGAGUAGGUUAAGUUCACAAAUUCCAGAAAUGACACCUGAAAUGGUUAAGAUGGCUUCUGACAGGAUGAGCAAUAUGUCCCUUGAAGAGGUUCAAAAGAAGUCUGAAAUUGUGUCUUCAAUGAAUCUUAAUGGUUUUCCUUCAAACUCCACAUCAGAAAAUACCACCCAGAGAUCUGAAAGUGGAUAUCAAGCAUCAACUGCUGAAGGAAGUCAUACUAUGGACCACCUUGAUGCAAGAGAAAGUAGUUCUGAUACAUUGUUUUCCAAUUCAAGAAAUGCUCAGGCGUCAUCUAGCCAUCCAGGUUCAUCUGCUGAUUUGCAGGAAACUUUGAGAAAUUCAAUGAAAGACCCAGCAAUGCGACAGAUGUUUACAUCUAUGAUGAAAAGCAUCAGCCCAGAAAUGAUGGUGAAUAUGAGUGAACAGUAUGGGAUGAAGCUAUCAAAAGAGGAUGCAGCAAAGGCUCACCAGACAAUGUCAUCGUUAUCACCAGAAGAACUGGAUAAAAUGAUGCGGUGGGCAGAAAGAGCACAGCGAGGUGUUGAAACAGUAAAGAAAACAAAGAAUUGGUUGCUGGGAAAACCUGGAUUAAUCCUCGCAAUCGUUAUGUUGAUCCUAGCCUUCAUCUGUCAGCGACUUGGCUUUUUUGGCGGAUAAGUGCUCAUGUCGCUAUAAUUUUACAAAUCUCGCCAUUCAGAUGAGCAGUCCCAUAUGAAUUAUAUUGGAAUUUUCGGUUAUCUAUGUUCUUUACCGACGCAGGAGCUGAUAGCCUGAUAUGAACCACAAAACAAUUGAUGGGACUGAAUACAUGCUUUAUAAAGUUUAUGACUGUAUAGUUAGAAGACUACACAGACUGAGGGAAAGAUUAGAGAUAUGUUUUCAUGAUAUGUUUAUAUUGCUGGUUUAUUAAUUUCAAGGAAAAUUGUUUUGUUUAUCAGACUGGCGUUUUUUGUAUUAUAUUAUAUAUUAUUAUUAUGGUGUUUUCCCA